GUGGUACGAGGGUAGGCAUAGAAAUUUUAGAAUGGUAGGUAUGCCAAUACCAUCAGAAUCUUCAGCUAGUCAUAACAAGGUCAAGCUGGAGCCAUGAACAGGGCCAUGAGGAACGCUGUAACGGGAGGCUUCAGGCCUGUUUUAACAUCACUGCCCCUCUGCUUCGCCUUAUCUGUGGAAGAAAGGGCUGGAACCCCUUAAGCGGAGACGUGGGUGUGGAUUCAUUUUGAAACCAUCCAAGAGGAAGGAGCAUGUCUCACAUAUUGAAUGGGCAGGAUGUGACCUCCAUCCCCCAUUUUCUAAGCGGCGGACGGAGUUCCAGUACAGAAGGAUGGGGAACAGGUAGGCCAUUAAUGUUUAUAUACCAGUAGCUUUUAUUUUCUCCUAAUGAAUCCGGUGUGUCUUUGAAUGGAGCAGCAUCCUGCUGCUGCGAGGUCUAUCCCUGUGUGACGUCAGCUCCGGCUGCAAUCCCCCCAACCCCCACAAUCACACUUUGAGAAUCUUGAUCCAAAAUGGCCGCCAGGGAGACUCCAGCUUUACCCCAGGAAGACAGGAGUGUCUAUUUAUGGAAGGCAGCAGCCCACUGCUUGAGCUGCUAACACAGCCACCAUACUGUGAGCAAGGGAGCUCGAUCAUGCAUCCUGCACUGCUUCUUGGGCUGCGUCAGCCAAAGCCCAGCAUUGGCCAUCGCCGUGACUGCUCACAUCUCACCACCCCACACCACAUGCCUCCCUGCAGCUUUGUGGCCCAUCCCCUUCUAUGCAGCCCCUCCCCUUCACGUGAUUACACCCCUUCUUUGCAGCCCUGCCCAUUCUUUGCGACCCCCCCCACCCCUUCUUUGUACCCCUUCUGUGCAGACCCACCUGUUAUUAGUGACCCUACCCCUUCUUUGCUCCUCCGUUCUAUAUGGCCCCGCCCAUUCGUCAUGACCCUGCCCUUAUUUGUGGCUCCAUCCUUUCAGAGUGACCACACCCCUUCCUUGUGACUCUGCCCCUUUCCCAGUGUCUUUCCCCGCUCGUGGUUGGUCAGUGGUGCUCCACUUUCUACAGACCUGGGAACCUGAAGUCCCUGAGGGACACGACCUCAUGCCAACCUGUCAAGGUGGUGCUCGUCACUGGGUCGGUGACCGCCGACUGCCCAGCUGUGACCGGGACACAAAAGCAGUACCUGACAUCCGUUUAUGGAUGAGGUCACGCCGCAAACCAUUCAGCAUGAAGCGGCUGACCUGUAGGCCUCUGUGUUUAACCUGCACCCUCCCACAGUACCUCAGGAGGCCUACGGACGCCGUCAUCUGCAUUACCUUCGAGCUGUCGGUUGACCUGGAAAUGAGGCUAGCAUAAGGUGCACUUUGGGCACCGUCUCCUGCCCUGGCCUCUCCGUGACCUGCCCUCUCCUGCUCUGGCCUGUCUGAGACCCGCCCACUCCGUGCCCAUUGGCCCUGGGUUUUAGUCCUGCCACUUUUGCUGUGAUGUCAGUGGAGGAACCCGUGACAGGAAACUUGCAUAUGGCCAAUUGGCACCAUCGCCGUGUGUACUAUGGACUGAUCUGUCUUUCAGUCUGUCCCUCUUUCUGCUACUCUAUUUUUAACUUUCCUCUUCCUCCCUUUCCUUCUUUCUUUCUUUCUUUCUUGCUUUCUUUCUUUCCUUCUUACCUUCUCUGUCUCUGUCUCUGACCUACCUCCCCCCUCCCCCCUCCUUGCUCGCAUGCUUUUAAAUCUUCCUCCUGCUGUUCCAAUCCCUGCUGUCCUCUUCCUCCUUUCCUGUGCCCUUGCCUUUCCCUCUCUCUCCUCUUCCUCUCUCAGCAUGGCCGUACAGACUUUUCAUGGGAAGGAAUCAAUCUUUCUAUGGAGGACACCACCUCCAUCCUUCCUCGCCUGAAGCGAAACUCCAACGCCUAUGGGAUUGGUGCUCUGGCUAAGUCCUCUCUGACAGGUGUGUCAGGUGUGACGCGCUCCAUGAAGGACAAAGUGACCAAGCCCACUGCCAUGGCGCAGGGUCGUGUUGCCCAUAUGAUCGAGUGGCAGAGCUGGGGCAUGCAGACCAUCGGGGCGGGGGGGAGCGCCGGCCGCACCCACCUGAACCGGGAGCGCGAGCGUGAGAGGAAGCUGGAGAACGACGCCUACAGUGACCUGAGUGAUGGCGAGAAGGAGGCCCGCUUUGCUGCCGGAGUGAUGCAGCAGUUUGCCAUCUCAGAAGCUACCCUGCUGGCCUGGACCUCCAUGGAUGGGGAGAGCUUAAGUGCCGGUUCCAACCAGGGCAGCGUAGCUCACCUCAGCGAGGUCAACCAGGAGAGCAUCACCAGCAGAGACCAGAUCCUUCACCACUCCUCUGCCGAGGUUUGGCCGCACACGUAUGUCUCGCAAGGUCUCUACUGUCUCUCCUCCUCUGAUGCCUGGGAGCCGAUUAGCAAUGAGCCGUCGGGAGUGGCCUCUCCGGCUGCUGGCUCCUACGUCAUGGCGGCUGGACCCGAAGGGUACGAGGGCAGCACUGCACACUAUCUGACACAUCAGCAACAGCAGCAGUUCAACUUACAGCAGAGCCAAUUACAGCAAAUACAGCAGCUGCAGCAAAUACAGCACUACCAGCAACAGCAACUGCUGCAGUAUCAACAACAACAGUCUCUGGAACACAGGCUACACAGUGCUACACACUCCCUGCAAGCCACACCCAACAGCACCAUCCAUAGUCUGGCUCCGCCCUCCCACCCCCCAUUGGUCGACUUGUGGGGAGCAGGGCAGAUUGAGGCCUAUCAGGGCGAAGUUGGCGGGUAUGUGGGUGUGUCAGCAGGCGAAGGGGGUCUGGCUGUGACUGGAGUCGAAGAGAGCACAACAGAGAACGAACCACUACUAGAGCAACAGGAAGAGGAGGAGAUCAAGGAGGAAGAAAUUACAUUAUGUAUGGAGCCUGAAGCUGUAAUCUUGACCCCACUUGUGCCAAGAGACGAGCCUUCCAGUGCUGGAGGAAGCAGCCCAGGGCAGGCACCUGGUGAGCCAAUUACAGAGCGGAAAGCCUCUGAUGUCACUUCCUGUGUCAGUCAGCCCUUGGAGGAAAAGGAUGAAGAGUUGGAGGAAGCAUCAGUAGCAAUUGCGGCAAACUAACUGAGUGGUGUGAGACAUCUAUCUCUAUGAUGAUUCCCUGUGAUGUUGGUGAUUGUUUUAAAGACAUUUUUCAUGCAAGGAAGAAGAAAGAGCAGAGAAAAAAUACUGAAUGAAGGACAAACAUUUAAUGGAAGCCUGAUGUCACUGAACAGUAAGCGUUCCCCAAGAGAGUGAAGAGUGGAGGAGAUGGAGAGAGAGUGACAGAGGGACUGUACCUGAAUCAGGGAAGAGAGAGCAAUAGAAAACGACACAAGAAACCAAAAGAUAGAUACGUGCAUGCUUUUUACAAUGAUGCAAUUGACUGAACUCCAUCAUCAGCGCAUAAUAUACAUAUAAAUAUAACAGUCAUAAUUAAUAAUUAUUAUAAUACUUUUUUAAAAUAAAACAAAAAUACCAUAUAAUGAGUCAUGUAUAUGUGUAUAAAAAUAUAUACUUUAGAACACUAACACAAUUUUUGAAUAAUUCCAAAUCUCGAAUAUCCAAUUUGAGAUAAGAUAUGAUAAAUGUUUGUAGAUCAUCUUCAAGAACAUGUACACAGCACUUAGCUCCCCACAUAAUUUGUGUUACUGCCCACUUCUCUGCAAAGCGGUUCCCAUACAUGUAACUCUCAGUCACAAAAAUACAGACACACAGACACACAGACACACACACGCAAAGAAGCACUCAGUAACACGGGUGAAACAGUUUUAAUCAAAUUAGCACAUUGUGGUUAAAAACAUCAUUGAUGAAAUGAAUCAGGGCAAGUUUUUCUUUAGACCUGGUCGGUAUAGUGCAGCCCAUUCCAAAAGAGUCCAAUAAAAUAUGUACUAUUUCUUAAUAUCUUGUUAUCUUGUUGGCACUAUACUGGACUGGACUGUACUUUACUGCACAAUGUGUAAUUUGCACAUUGUCUGAUAUUGAAUGUGUUUCUAUUGUAUGCAUGCUUUGCUGGACAGUGCGUAACAGUACUGUGCAACACAGUAUAAAACUGCACUGAACCUUAGUGUAAUGAAUAUGAAAUGCUCUGAACAUCAUUUCCUUCAUACCGUACUUUGCUGGAGAGUCAGAGAGAGAAUAAGGAAGAAACUUUGCACUUAUGCUGGACAAAGCAGGCAAGGAUACAUGUGGAACAAGACUCUGAUGGUCUUUGUUUUGUCUCCUGCAAAACUCUGGGAGCACCAAAAACCAGAAGCUUUUUGACAGUCAGACACAAACCCUGGGAACCCUUGGCCGCAAAGCUGCUCUAAACACGGACAUCACAUUUGGGAUUUGUGUCGGAUCAUGGAUGUGGACUGAGAUGGAACAAGUCAGGAUCUCCCUACUUCAAAGAGGCAUUGGGCUUAAGGACAUUUACCUUUAAAAUGAAACUAUUAUUCAGCGUGAGAGAAACUGUGAGGGCAGUAUUGAUUUUAGGGAAAAUAAAUCAAAAUUGUAACAGAUUUGCAGGAAAAUGUUUUAAAGGGCUCGUGGCCACUCUGUCAUAUAGAUGUAAAUAUUGCACACACGAAAAAUCACAGCUUCUGUCACUUUGAAUUAUGUUCCUGAGCUUUUACAAUGAUUUAUUUAUUUUUGUACUAUCUCACGGUCUGAACUCUUGUUCGGGAGAAUCCCGUCUCUUAAUUGUGCUGCCAGUGGAGGAGAAAAUGGGUAAGGAUUUUAAUAGCAGCUUGCCUGAUCAUAUGAAUGGGAAUAUUAUUAAUAAUAAUAAUUAUUAUGAUAUGCACCACAGUUAAAUCCAGAAGCAGCUCCAAAUUGUCCUUGCUUCAUUCGUGGAUUUUCUGCGAUGGGACAGUGCUUGUCUUGUCCACUGAGUAUGUAUGAGUAUGUAUGAGUAUGUGUACCUCAGAAGCAGAAUGGCUGAUUUCUUACACAUGUUUCCUGAGGACAUGUGCAUGAACCAUUAACAAGAAUGAUGAUGAAUAUAAUCAUUUUAAUGGAAAACCACCUUUAUCGCUCUGGAUGAUUGUCUGGGAAACGCAAAGUCACUCUUACUUGAACUGAAUAAUUUAUUGAUUGACUAUUUAUGCAAUGUUGCGACUUUUUAUUAUAACAGAAAUUUCAAUACUCCGACCCAGAUUUGGCAGAAUAUAUAUCAUUUUAGUUUCCCUGUUUGUUGUAGAGCACAAAAAAAACAUUGUAGAAUACAAGACAGCUGCAAUCUCUGUCUUUGAUACUCUUCUGUUGAACAUUUGUACUCCACUGCAUCAAACUGGGACCAAGUUUGAUAUACAUUCAAACAGGAAAACUGCAAAAAAUGAUAGAUAUUCCUUUAUUUAUUUCUGGGUGAUUUGGGGUGAACCAACUUUAUUUUGUAUAGAACAUCUUCAUUUGUCCUACAAGAGAUUUUGCCUCUCAAUAGAAACAGACAAAAAUAUACUUAGCUUUUUUCGAA